GCCGAGUGACAUCCCUUUACCUCCUACAGGAACCCAGGGAGUCUAGACAUUACAACAGUACAACAGAAAUGGUCAAACCACGCCUGAUCAUCCUCAUCCGCCAUGCACAGUCCGAGGGCAAUAAGAACCGCGAGAUCCAUCAGAUGAUCCCGGAUCACCGCGUCAAGCUCACUGAAGAAGGCCACAAACAGAAGAAGCUGGCCGCCGCCUACGAGCCCUCCUGAAACCCGAUGACACACUCCAGAUCUACACUUCGCCCUAUCGUAGAACGAGAGAAACGACAGAAGGGAUUCUCAAGACGCUGACCGCAAGAGAUGACCCCGACGACCCGACAGCGGCCCCCUCGCCCUUCAGCAGAAACAAAAUCAAGGUGUAUGAGGAGCCACGUAUUAGAGAGCAAGAUUUCGGAAAUUUCCAACCAUGCUCGGCCGAGAUGGAGAGAAUGUGGCAGGAGCGUGCUGACUAUGGCCACUUCUUUUACCGGAUACCCGAUGGUGAGAGCGCAGCCGAUGCAUACGACAGGAUCUCAGGCUUCAACGAAAGUCUGUGGAGGCAAUUCAGCGAAGACGAGUUCCCAAGCGUAUGCGUGCUCGUCACGCAUGGCCUCAUGACGAGAGUCUUCCUGAUGAAGUGGUACCACUGGAGUGUCGAGUACUUUGAAGAUCUACGGAACAUCAAUCACUGCGAAUUUAUCACCAUGCACAAAGAUGAGAGGGGCAAGUACGUGCUCGAGAACAAGAUGCGGACAUGGUCGGAGCUUAAGAGGCAGAAACGAGAGGCAGAGGCGAAGGCCGACCCACAGAGAAGAAAUACUUUGUCUCAUUUCUUGAAACAAAAACAAGACAGCCCGAGCAUCCCGCCACGGAAAUGGGGUGGCUGUAAGGAUGGUUGCAAUCACCAGAACGAGAAAUUCCCAAGGAGAGCUGGCCAGCACCAACAAAGAAAGCAGACGCAAGAGCUGACUCUGCCCUCACCACUCGAAGCACCCAAGGCCGAGACAGAAGAUACCCCCAUGGCUCAUGUUGAGCCUGGGACUGAGACGGUAAAGACCGCUUCUUCGCGAUCGAAAGCGCCACAGAUCGAUAUGCCAUCAUCGAAAUCCACGAUCCCCGAGUAUCUACAACCGGGUCGAGACGGAGGAGGAUUGUCAGGAGUAAACACUCCGCACGAAAGCAGUGAGGCUGAAGGAUCGACUGGCUAUUUCGAGACUUCUGCUCGCGGCGGUAGUCUUGCUGAUGCAAUCCGGAAAGGUCCACAACGGAAAGCUACACCAGAUGAUAUUGAGAGAUGGGCCAAGGAAAGCGGCAUGAAUGCUCAUAGAAGGGCUGAUCCGCUGGGAGACGAGGCUGCAGAAGAUACCGAGGGAAGUGGAGAUGUUGAUCAAGCCGAGAGGGAAGAGAGGAGUGCGCGGGAAAGUGUGUAUUGAAAGUGCACAGCUGGAUCCCUAUGUUAUCGAUUGUGAUGAUGAGCCAUGUUUACGAUAGUGACGCUGACGAUGAUAGAUUAUUGAUGACUAGAGAAAUGACGAAAAGAGCACAGCUGCUCGAUGGAACAAGCAACUGCUCACACCUACCCACACGUGCUCAGCGCUACGAUCCGAAGGAA